GCGAAAUGUUGCGAAAUAUUCCGCUUUUUUUCAAAAUCGCCAAAAUUAGAGUAAGCUUAAUUUUUCUUUUUUUGUCUUGCUUGGUAUCCCUGUGGUGGUGGUCCUUGUGUCACGCAAGUUUUUCCGGUAUUUCUCAGAAGUGAUUUUCAGGGUGUGCAAGCUCGAGAGUUUGAUUUGUUUAUUUGACUUCCUUCUAAAAUGGCAUGCAACAUUAUCGACGAGCUGAAGAAUAACCUGAAAUGCUCAAUUUGUGGGGAUGUUCUUUCUCAGCCUAAAACACUACCGUGCCUUCACCAUUACUGCGCGAAAUGCAUCGAUCCCUGGAUCAAAACCUGUUCAGACCAAGGAAUAAACUCCACUUGUCCUGAAUGUCGAAGUCCCUUCAAGCCAGGCGAUGUGAAGGAGAAUUUUAGUUUGAACAAAAUGCUGGAUCUCAGUGAAUCUCUAGAGAAGCUGAGCACGAGUGAAAGCGGGAAUAAUAAUGAUUUAUGUGAUAAUUGUUUUGGGUCCGAAAAAAUAGCAUACUUUUGCUAUGAUUGCGAGUGCCUUGUGUGCAAAACUUGCUUGGAAAGACACGGUGGACAUUCCACAACAAGCAAAGAUGGUGCUCUAGCCGAAACAAAAAUAGCAACGGAAGAUAAAGUGAAGAAAAUGGAGAAAGUUUUGUUUGAUUACAGAUUCCUUUUGGACAAGUCGAACUUUGAACUACAACAACACUCACAACACAUAGAAGCGGUUCGCAAAAACGCUGUAGAAAGCAUAACAAGUGCUAUAAUAAAACUCAAAGAUUUUCAAACAGAAGUGGAAUCCAAGACAAAAGAAGUAAAAGAUAGUGAGCAAUCUAGGUUUCGUUCAUUAAAAGAUGACAUAAGUCCCAAGGCUGUUCAAUUACAAAGCUACAUCACUCAUCUAAAAAGCCUUCUUUUGAAAAACUCUGCUGGGGAGUUUUUAAAGGAGCGUUCAGCCAUCGCUAAACUUGGUGAAGAUUUGUUGAGCCAGCCGGAACCACAGGCCUCCCCUAUUCAUCAGAUGGUAUUGUACCGACCGAGCCCUACCCCAAAUACAGCACAACUGAUUGGUCAGUUCAGUGUCCAUCAAGUUAAAAGACCCAAUGCCGAAAAUGAAGACAAGAAACCAUCUUUGGGGCCAAAGACAAGUACAGAAACAUACAGCCUACCCAACAGACCUACAGUACCAUUUAGGCGCAGCCCUACACCCAUCCCUGCGCCUCUCUUUCUCUGAGGAAAUUAAAUGUAGUGCAAGGGCAGGUAAAGACCAGAUAUGUUGCCCUUAGAAAGCAUGUUGGAAAUAUUAAUUUCAAGAAACAUCGGAAGAUAUACUGAAAAUAGAAAUGAUAUCUUUUAAUGUUACUGACUGUAAGAAACACAUUUUAUCUCAACCUGGUUUGAUGCAAUUAAUAAGAGUGGAGGAUAAAUUUCUGGUGCAUUUUUAAAAACCUCCCCCCCCCCUAUUUUCAGCCCUUGUCUGUGAUUUUUAUUUUUUUAUUUUGUCUUCCAAAUCGAAUGGCAACUGAGCACGAGUGAAAGCGGGAAUAAUAAUGAUUUAUGUAAUAAUUGUUUUGUGUCCGAAAAAAUAGCAUACUUUUUCUAUGAUUACGAGUGCCUUGUCUGUGAUUUUUAUUUUGUCUUCCAAACCCAAUGGCAAUAUAUACAGUAGAAACCUGCAUGUAAGAAGCUGGUAAUAAAAAAAAACUUACGCUAACUAACAGUGCUGUAGUAGGUCCAGAAAUAUCGGCGGGGGAAGGGGGGGGAGCACAACACAGAAACAUUAAGGAAAUAUUAGUUGGCACAGCCAAGCCAAUACUGGUCGUUUCCUGAUAUCUUUUAAAAAGAUUGGGGGAUACUUGCCCCCAGUGCCCCCACCCCUUUCUACAGUCGUGAACUAAUGUCAGUCUAAUGACACAACAUUGGUCAACGUUGGGAUUGUUUCUGAUCCCUCCACUUAUCUGCACAGCCUCCUUGCCGGGUCUCCGGAGAUUCGGGAUUCCUGUGGAAGAGGGAAAAGAGAAAGGAGAGCCGGCAGCAAGACCCUUAGUUUUUGCAUGGCCGCCCCCUUCACGCUUGACCUCCCGUGUCAAAUGAAAGUGUCAGUAGCUGUCAAAUCGAACCAAUCACAGCCGUUCGAAAAGUAGACAAAAUGGCCAAUGAGCAACAAGCGGCCGAUCAAAAUACUCGCUUGACUCGUAAACCCGUGAAUUUUAGAAAUAAUAGAGCGUAUUUACAAA